CAGAAGAAUAAACAGAGCACUUCGCAAGUGAAAAAUGUAGAAAAUUGCGGUUACUGUAUUUUAUGGGUGUGAAAAACAUGAUUGAUUUUUAAAAUCAUCUAACACAAGUUGCAAUUGGAAAGCUAGUAAAAAAUGCUGCCUCAAUACGAGCUUAUUGGUUCUGGUGCUUCGGACCCUACUGGUGCUCGCAGUGUUAUUCGGAUCCGCUUCGGCAGACUGGCAGUGAUUACGGUCAUGUUCCCGGUACUCGGGUUUUUAUUUUGCGUUGUCUGGUCCCUGUUGUACAAUUUUGAUCAAGCCAAUUCAACCCAUUGUAUGGUGUAUAAUUUUCUACCUUCACUAUCGGCCGCAAUCGGAAACUAUCAGCCUCAGCGAUUUGUGUGGCAAUUUUCGGUGCUCGUGCAUGCCCUGCCACGGUACGCGAUUGCCUUUUUGUAUAAAAAUUUUCAUGUUGGUUUACUGCGAAAACGACGAAAAGAACUUGCCUAUGUUGCUUGCAUCUUGAACAUCACCGAGCUUAGCUCAUUAGUGGGGUUAACAAUGUGGACCUCUGUUUCUAAUUACGAGGUACAUAAAUUCUGCUUUAGCACCUUUGUAAUCGUGUCCAUGCUAUACAUGGUGGUUCUAAUAGUAAUCAACCGAGCAACUAGAGAGCGAGACAUUUUGACCACGUCAGAACGCAAAUCAGUAAAGUUUAAAAAAAGAUUAUUUGUGGCGAAUCUUUGCUCGAUUCUGCUGGCAGUAUAUUUCUUCGUUAGGCACAAUACUUAUUGCGAACCGGGAGUUUAUUCGUUGUUCGCCCUAUCUGAAUACGUCUUCGUCUACAGCAACAUUGGCUUCCACAUGACGGCUUAUUGGGAUUUCAUCAACGCAAAUCUGUACUUCGACUGGAGAAAUGGUAUCCACUUUUCGGGUAUUUAAGAAAAAAUCGCAGGAAAUAGGUAGUGACAUUUUACCAAUGAUCUAUGAUUAGUGUCGUAAAAAGUAGGUUUAAUGUAAUGAAUAAGUAGGCACUUCAUUUCAAUGACAGGUUUUGUGGCCACAAACUGAGUGGUAUUUACGCUGACGAAAUGAAAUAUGUUUCUGUUUGUCUCAACUUACAGAGUUAGUCACACGCAAAAUUUACGUACUAGCAAAAAACCGUUAAUGUGUUUUUGUACAUUAAACGCAUCAUCAAAUAUCCUGAUCGUAAUACAAAUUCAGUUGAAUAAAAU